GAAUCCACUACCAUUAAAACAUCAAUAUUAGCAUUCAUGGAUGAUACCUUGUGGAUCGCAAAAUCAUGGGAGGAUUUGGACCAUAUCAUACAUAUAGCGGAUAGCUUCUAUCAACUCAAUUCUAUUAAAGUGAAUUGGGAAAAAUCUGUUUUACUCACAAAUCGUAACGAUAAUAAUAACGUAUUUACUUGCAUUAUCAAUGGUACUCCUACUGUAAUUCCUCCGCUCUCACUCAACGAAUCUACAAGAUACUUAGGGAUUUGGAUAUCACUCAGGCCUCACAUAUAUAUUCAAUACUGUUCUUGUUCCGAGGAUCGAAUAUAG